AUGUGGCUGCACAAUGGGAACCUCAUCUCAAGCCAGGCUUCCAGCUACAUCAUCAAUCCUGCUAAAGUUGAACACAGUGGAGAAUACAGGUGCCAGACAGGUGGCUCUGUGCUCAGUGACCCAGUGAAGCUAGAAGUUCAUCAGGGUGAGUCGUUUCAGCUGACCUGCAGACUGGGACAGUUCCCCCAACACAGUGAGGCUUGGCCCUAUGCUUCUCUGGCCAGUUUUCCUCAAGAUACAGAGCAGGCCAAAAAAUGGGGCCAGGUGCCUCCAAGCCAAGAUGCUCUGAGUCACAGACUCAGGCUGAGUCACCAACUCCAUAGUUUGCAAUGGGCUCACUUGGCUUUGAGCCUCCCUGGGAAUGCCAGCAUAGGGCCUGCUCAUCUCCCUGUCCUCAUCCCACAUUCUCUUGGCUCCUCAGCAGGUCUCCCAAAGGCUGUGGUGGUUCUUGACCCUCAGUGGGUCAGGGUGCUGGAGGAUGACAGUGUGACUUUGAAGUGCCAGGGGUCCUACCCCUCUGGGAACAGUUCCACAAUGUGGCUGCACAAUGGGAACCUCAUCUCAAGCCAGGCUUCCAGCUACAUCAUCAAGCCUGCUAAAGUUGAACACAGUGGAGAGUAUAGGUGCCAGACAGGUGGCUCUGCGCUCAGUGACCCGGUGAAGCUAGAAGUUCAUCAGGGUGAGUCGGUGAAGGGGAAGAGGGAAGGCACCAAUAAAGGGUGAAACCAGGGGCCCUGAAACACUUGGGAAGAGCCAGAAGAUAAUGUUCUUGGGGAUUAGAACUAAGAUAAGAUCUGUGGUCCCACUGGAUGAUAUCAGAAUUGUAGUCCUAGCUGUAAGUAGGCCUUAGGUAAA